GUGAAAAUGAAGAAAUCGGCACAGCACACAGUAUAAAUGCAAAGAAGGAGAGGCAAUUAAGAGUGGCGUGUAGACGAUGGAGAAAUCUAAGCCACUUAAACUCUAUUUCAUCCCUUACCAGGCAGCGGGUCACAUGAUUCCUCUCUGCGACAUAGCCACACUCUUUGCCUCACGUGGCCACCACGUGACCAUCAUCACCACUCCCUCCAACGCCCAAAACCUCCGCAAAUCCAUCCCCUCCCACCCCUUUCUCCGCCUCCACACCGUUCCAUUCCCCUCUCACGAAGUGGGCCUCCCCGACGGCGUGGAAAGCCUCUCCGCCGUCACCGACCUCGAAAACCUCACCAAGGUCUACCAUGCAACCACCAUGCUCCACCUCCCAAUCCAGCAAUUCCUGGAGCAGCACCCACCCGACUGCAUCGUCGCCGAUUUCUUAUUCCCAUGGGCAGGUGACGUGGCAAAGAAGCUGGGCAUCCCCAGAUUGGCCUUCAACGGUUUCUCCCUCUUUACCAUAUGCGCCAUAGUCGCCGCCGCAAAGACACGCUCCUUCGAUUCCUCCAUGGGUUCUUUUCCCAUUCAGGGUCUUCCUCACCCCAUCACCAUCAACGCAACACCGCCAAAGCAGUUGAGGGAGUUCUUCGAAACCAUGCUGGAGACAGCGCUGAAAGGCUACGGGUUCAUCGUCAACAGCUUCGCGGAACUCGACGGAGAAGAGUACGUGGAGCACUAUCGGAAAACCACGGGUUACAAGGCUUGGCAUCUUGGGCCAGCCUCUUUAAUAGUGAGAAGCUCGGAAGAGAAAGCAGAGAGGGGGCAGAAGAGCGUGGUGAGUGUACACGAGUGUCUGAGUUGGCUGGACACGAAGCGAGAUAACUCGGUGGUUUACAUAUGCUUUGGGAGCCUUUGCCAUUUCCCGGAUAAUCAGCUGUACGAGAUGGCGUGUGGGGUAGAAGCUUCGGGUCACGAAUUCGUGUGGGUUGUUCCGGAGAAGAAGGGGAAGGAGGAAGAGAGCGAAGAAGAAAAAGACAAGUGGCUUCCAAAGGGGUUUGAAGAGAGGAAUAAGGAGAAGGUGAUGAUUAUUAGGGGGUGGGCCCCGCAGUUGCUUAUCCUGAACCACCGUGCCGUGGGAGCGUUUGUGACGCAUUGCGGGUGGAACUCGACGGUUGAGUCGAUCUGCGCGGGGGUUCCGAUGAUCACGUGGCCGGUGCAUGGGGAACAGUUCUACAACGAGAAACUGGUAACUGAGGUUCGGGGAAUUGGGGUGGAGGUGGGUGCUACCGAGUGGAACUCCAUAGGGUUUGGGGAGAGGGAGAAGUUGGUGAGCAGAGAUAGCAUUGCGGAGGCUGUGAGGAGGUUGAUGGACGGCGGUGAUGAGGCGAUGGAAAUCAGACGACGCGCACAAGAGUUUGGCAGAAAGGCUAGAGAAGCUGUUGGGGAAGAUGGUUCAUCCCACAACAAUUUAACGGCCCUGAUUGAUGAUCUUGUGCGCCUGAGAGACAGUAAGCUCCUCUGUUAGUAGCUAUUCACUUUUUACAUUUUUGGCAUUUUAGCAAUUAUUUUCUAUGUCUGUGUCUUGCUGGAUGGUGAAAACUCAUAAAUACUUCCACUGAGGUUAGUAUAGGUAUAAAUAAAAUGGGUAAUUAUAUGAUAUCAUCACAGCUUCUCCGUAUAUCGUGUUUUCUCUUCAUGUCUGUAGUUGUAAACUUUUCUCCUGUGCUCCUAUUGUAAUUUUGGGAUGAGUGUUCUUUACUCAAUGUCAAAUUUUGUGUGGUUAUAAAAAGAAAAAGUUUUCUUCCCUUUCCCAUUUAUACAAUCUAUAUCCAAUUUCUCUCUAUCGAUUUGAAUUUCCUUUUUCCUUAAAUUCGAACCAAUUUGACAUGUGGGUAUGCUUAAUUCUGCUUAACUAAAAUUAUGUUAUACCGUUCAUAUAAGCAAUUUUUCAAAGGAGGCGUUUAGGUUGACUAGUUUGGGCAGCCAU